CCUACACGAUAUCAGAAACGACGCCGUACGUCUCCUCCUCCUGUGUACGUCAGUUACGCAUGACGUCACAUAGGGACGAUCCAUUCGAAUCGUUCGCCAUUUCAUUCUUUGCAGGUUCAGGCCCGCAGAGCCUCUUUUUGCUUACAGUGACACGGAGGCCUGACAAUGGUGAAAAUAUUCAUUGGAAACUUGGCCCCUGAAACCACCACAGAGGAGCUUCGCUCUUUGUUCUCCCAGUAUGGGAAGAUUGCAGAAUGUUCUAUUGUCAAAAAUUUUGGCUUUGUUCAUAUGGACAGCAAAGCAGAAGCAGAGGAGGCCAUCCGCAACCUUCACCAGUAUGAGCUUAAUGGCCAGCCUAUGAAUGUUGAAUUGAGCCGUGGCAAAUCAAGAGGAUCUACCAAGCUCCAUGUUGGUAACAUUGCUUGCACCAAUCAGGAGCUGAGGGCCAAGUUUGAAGAGUUUGGCGCCGUGCUGGAGUGUGACAUCGUAAAAAACUAUGCUUUUGUGCACAUGGAGAGAAUGGAGGAUGCCAUGGAGGCUAUAAAUAAAUUGGACAACACUGCUUUUAAAGGCAAACUGAUGAGCGUGAAGCUUUCGACUAGCCGCCUCCGUACUGCGCCGGGAAUGGGAGACAGAUCGGGUUGUUAUCGUUGCGGGCAGGAAGGCCACUGGUCCAAAGAAUGCCCUCUAGACCAAAAUGGCUACCAGAGAAACGGCUCUGAGCCAAAGUCUGAAUAUGAUGCUUCCGGAUUUGGUGGGCGUGAGCAGAGCAUGGCUUAUCCAGACUUUGGUGGGGAACCAGAUUAUGGCAGCAGCUUUGCACCUGGUUUUCCUCGGGGUUCUGGUCAAAGCACCGGUGUGCCAGGUUAUGGAGGAGGUACGGGCUAUGAGAACGCUAUGAGAUAUGGGCCACCUCCAACUUAUGGCAUAAAUGCUGUCGGUGAUCAUAGCAUGGCUCGGAUGUACGGCAGUGACGGGGCAUACAGGGGCAGCGGCUCAUUCUAUGGCGCGGUACCAGCCUUCUCGGUGCGACGGUCGCCGUAUGAGGAAAGGGAUCCGUACGGGGUCGUGGACUACUAUGAGAAGUACAGGGCCAGUGCCUACGGAGGCAGUUAUUUCGAAGAACGCCGUGGUAUCGCCAUGCCUGCUCCACCAACAACAUCCUCCUCUACAGCUGUAAGGGAGCGUCUGCCGGCCUCUAGCGUCGACUCAUACGAGUGCCCCCCCGCCCCUCCUCAACCAACCCCGAUCUCCUCAUACUACACUCGUGACCGGAGUCCGAUUCGGCGAGGCGCUGCCGAGGCGGGUGGAUAUGCAUUCGAGCGGUCGCGCCUUUCCCCAGCAACCACACUCCAAAGAAGCACUACCUACGACCAUUUGCGGGAACAGGGUGCUGAGCGGCCACGGUACACUUACUGAGUCUUGUCUAGGUUUCGGCUGACAUAAAGCAGGUAGGACAGCUCAAGUGCCACACACACACGGUCACAAAUGUGUUAAGUUUGUGUCUCAUUGUUGUUAUCUAAAGCAAAAGCCAGGGCUUUGUUUUUGGCAGAUGUGUGGGUAAGAGGAAAAUGGUUACUGUAAAUCUUUCUCUUUCAUUAACCAACAGUACAUUAGUGCAUUUUAAUGUGAUGGAAUUUAUAUCAUGUUGUGAUUCCAUUCCAGGUAAAAAGUCUCAAAAUAACCACUUUUAAUUUCCUAUUCCAUGUGUUUUCUGUGCUGUUGUUAAAGAUUUCGCCCCUGUGCAGUUCCUUACGGGGUUUACCUAUAACCUGGUUCUAUUCAUAGUACGGGAAGAAUUACCUUUUAGAUUUUUUGAAAGUGCAACAUGCUUUUUGAUUUACAAUUAGUGCAUGUAUAAAGGUGAGUCUGCAUUAAUUCAGUUUUGUUCAGCAGCUUCCAGUGUUUUCUUUUCUAAAUUGUAGUGCAUUUAUGUUGGUUAAAGUAAUCAUUAUUGCAUAUAUUUGAAGCAAAUUCUCCUAAAAUGGAACUGUUCAAAUAUUUUUUUAGUUCUUUUUUAUUUUGGAAUUCUUGAGAUUCUUGUUAAGUAACAUUGAACUUUUUUUUUUUUUUUUUUAACUGUGUACUGAUUUCUUAUGCUGUAUAAUUAGAAGUUGCAAAAUCUUGUAAUGUAAUGAUACAAGCUUGGUUUGCUUUUGUCUGUUUCAUCACCUUUGGUUAAAAUAAAAAAUCCUUUAAAAUUCUAA